UAGAGAGACAAGAACAAUCGAAGUGGCAAGAAGAAUUAAAGAUGCGAGAAGAAUUAGAGAGACAAGAACAAUUGAAGUGGCAAGAAGAAUUGAAGAUGCGAGAAGAAUUAGAGAGACAAGAACAAUUGAAGUGGCAAGAAGAAUUGAAGAUACAAGAAGAAUUAGAGAGACAAGAAGAACUGAAAUGGCAAAAAGAAUUGAAGAUGCGAGAAGAAUUAGAGAGACAAGAACAACUGAAGUGGCAAGAAAAAUUGAAGAGGCAGCAAUGAAAUUGCAAAAAGAAUUGAAGAGGAGAAACAUAUGCAAUUAGUUUGACAUGAGAAGAAAAUUGGAGACGAGGAGACUACUUUAAUUUCUGAAUUUGAUAUUCAAAAAAUUCGAUAUUUUUAUAUAAUAACUAUAGUAACCUUAUAACAGCAAGAAAUUUGUUUAUUUAAGCGCAACAUUUAAAUUAAAUGGCAUGUAUUAAUUUAUUA